CCUCCUUUCCUCUUCGUUGACGAACGACCGCCAUGUUGUUGUCAAAAGUUCUUGGUGUCAUCGUCAUCGCGAGAAACGGUGACAGGUUCAACUACUACCAGGACCCCUUCACAUAUGCAGCCUCCAACACGGAGACCACUGCCCUCGGCGAGGUUGAGUCCCACAAUCUUGGAUCCUUUCUUCGUGCCACGUACUUGGACAGCCGCUCACCCUCUUACAUCGAGGGUGUUCGCUCCGACCUUGUCGACAACAGCGAAGUCAAGGUUCGCGUGAAGGCUGGUGUUGAAGGCACUGUCGUCUUCGACUCCGCUAUUGCCCUCCUCCAAGGCUUGUUCCCUCCCAACCCCAACAACAAAAUCGUCCUUGCCAACGAGACGACUGUCGUUGCUCCUCUCGGUGGCUACCAAUACGUUCCCGUUGAAACCGUCGAACCCGGCAAUGAUCGUUCUUUGGAAAGUUGGACUAACUGCCCCAACUUCGACAAACACAUUCAAGACUUCUACAAGUCUGCUGACUUCAAGAAGAAAUCGGAGGAGGCUCAGCCUUUCUUCAAGGGCGUCAAGGACUACGUCUUCGGUCGCCCAGCUAACCUGGAAAACAUCUGGAAUAUUUACGAUUACAUCAACUCUGAGCUGACCCACAACAAGACCUAUGCCCACCGUCUUCCUCCCACUUUCAUUGAGCAAGCUCGUCACUGGGCUAACUACCACGAGCACGGCGUCUUCUCCGACAAGGACAUUCACGGCGUUGGCAACAUCGCUGGUCGCACUCUCCUUCACACAAUCCUCACGUCUCUGGAGCGCAUCGCAUUCAACGGCGACCCUCUGCAAUUCAUGCUCGUCGAGACAACCUACCAGCCAUUCAUCUCUCUCUUCCAACAAACCGGCGUUCUCGACGAACAUCCUGAACUCAAGGGCUUCCCCAACUACGCCUCUGCUCUUGCCAUUGAGCUCCGUCGUGGCUCUCCCCCUGACGUCCGUGACUUUGUCCGCUUCAGGUUCAAGAACGGCACCUCCAACUUCCAGGAUGUCCACGUCUUCGGCCACCAUGCUGACAUUCCCGUUACCGAGUUCAUUUACCGCGCUGAGAACGCCGCCAUCACCAGCAACAGGCAAUGGAAGGAAGCUUGCGGCCUCGGCUCUGGUCCUUACGAUGUCUUGGGCCGUGUUUACGAAUCCCAAGGUGGGUUCACCGGCGCAUACGUCUUCGUCGGUUUGCUCGGUCUGUUCUUCCUCCACAAGCUUGUCAAGCGUGUUCGUGCUCGUCGUGAGUCUCGUCUCCGACUGGAAGGUGAUGAGGGGAUAAGACAAGACUGGUUUAACCGCUUGACACGCAGAGGUGCCCUCCCGGGGCCACCCCGUCUCUUGCCUUGCUUUCUUGAUUGCUCGCACUAUUAUUCAUUCCAUUGAUUCCACAUAGUACAAUCAUUGCUGGCUCCGUCGCACUUUCAACCGGUAUUUAAGUUAGCUUCCAAGUCUUGUACUUAGUCCAACAUAAAAAUGCAUCCCUCAGUGAUGUUGAACCGUCCA